AUGGCGAGGUCUACGCGAGCGCGUGCGCGUCGAUCCCAUCUAUUGGGCGGAUGUGGCACCUGCAGACGUCGCCAUGUGAAAUGCGAUCAGAAACGGCCGGUGUGUCGCACAUGCCGGAAUAUCGGUGUAGCAUGCGAGGGAUUCUCCGAUCAGAUUCUAUGGGUACAUGGUGACGAUAGUGAGGAGUUGGUGGAUGACGGACGUCGUGUAACUCGACGACAUCUCUACACUGAAAAGGACCGUCUGUCUAUGAGCGCGUCUUUGACUACCAAUCUUCUAUCCGGUUCCAUUGACGCUUCAUUGGCUGAGAUCGAGUCGAGAUCUCGAGAUACUGAUCGCGCGACCGAUGACGAUGUUGUCAUCGGGCCAUUUGGAGUCUUGAACUUUUCUUCGUCGAGCACAGAGUCACAAGCUCAAUCACGGGCUCAACUGCUUCCUCAGUCAUCAGUUGAGUCAAUUGCGCCCCAAGAAGAUGAGACUAUCUCAUCAGACCCUGGUCCUAGCGUGGGCUUGGCAGGUGCCGUUGUCCCAGAAGAAAUCCAGGAUACUAGCCCAUUGUCGAUCAUGGAUUCUAUAUCACAGAUGGACGAUUUCCUGCAUUGGUCAGACUUGUUGGGGUUUAAUCUCGAUCCAUCAGGAUUCGCAACAUAUCCCAAUCUGAGCAUGCAACCUGACAUGUCCUUUAAUCUGGACAAUGACACGGGACUGCUACCAUUUGCUUCCACAGUGAACAACAACUCCAUGCAAGCUCCCACUCCUCAGCAAACGCCAAUGGAGCUUGUGUCUACCCCGACUGACCUUCUGCAAAACGCUCAGUUCCUUCUCAAGCAUUUCCAGGAUGUCGUGAUUCCUCACAUAAUGGCAAUUCCCUUCGGGCUGAAAUCACCAUGGAAGAUUUUGAACUUACCUGCUGCAGUAGUCGCGUUUGGAGAUUCCACUUUCCUUGGCACAGAUGGUGUCAGCCAUGCUCGGCUCGCAAAUCUCUACGGUAUUAUUGCCUGCUCCGCUCUUGAUUUGGCAUUAAGACCACAGGAUGGAGUGUUGGAAUCUAGUGAUCAUUGGCACUACACUGCUAGCCAGUUAUAUCAGAAUGCGAAAGACCACAUGCAAAUCUCACUGCAACAUGAGACCCAGGGUCCGAGGAAGGCCAAGUACAAAGACCAGCUGAUGUCUGCGAACAUUUUGACGCAAUAUGCUAUUCUGUCAGGGCAACAGCAACAUGCACGCUGUUUUCUGAUUGAUGCUGAGCGACUACUGCGUCUGCGUGGAUUAUCCAAAAGCCGAAUCUCUAAAAAGGCUCGUCUCUUGCAUCAUGUCUACACUUGGUUGAGAAUCCUCGGGGAGAGCACUUUUGUUUUGCACGACUAUGGUCUAUCGUAUUCCUGCCUUGACAAUCUCGGCUCAUCGAGUCGAGUCCACGCUUCUAGUGCUACAAACAGCAAUUCUGUACACCAUGAGCCCAAUUCCCGUCUGGAUGACUUUCUUCGUCUUGGCAAUCAGAAUUCUGAUAACGACCUUAACAUCGACGAACCGAAAGAUCAUGCAUCUGGAUACAACGAUAUCCAUCUACACGAUUCUCGCAGUUUCUCUGAGCACCUUUACAAACAAAUCUACGGCAUCCCAGAGACAUGGCUCAGUCUAGUAUCCCAAACAACUAGACUCGCAAACGUCAUGGAAGCAUUCCGAACUGCAAGGACUUCAGGUCGAAGUGUGAGUAUGGAAGCAUGGGAAAAGCUGCAAAGACGAAGUAUGCGCUUAGAGAAUAUGAUCUGCUCAUUAAAUUUGGGCCGUACACGGGGACAAUCUACCGACCUACAGACUCUUUCCAAGCCACACGUCUGCAUGCUUGAAGCAUUGAACGAGGCACUUAUGAUAUUUUUCUAUCGCCGGAUUCGAGAAGUCCAUCCGGCUGUGUUACAAGGUCAUGUUGAUAAUGUAAUCAACGCGCUAGAGGAGUGCAAUGAUACAUUGUCACAAGAUGCCCAAACGGGUCCCGGAACUGCCUGGCCAAUGUUCAUUGCGGGAAGUGAGGCUCUCACUACAUUCAGGCGUGAGGCUGUCUUAAGAUGGUUGGAUAAUGCCAGUUCCAAAUGCGGGUGUACUUCGUUUGCCACGGCCCGAGAUGUCAUGAUGAAGGUUUGGCGCAAGCAAGAUGAACAUCUGGGAGGGAAUCGUGGAGACCGGAUAUUAUCAUGGAUCGAGAUUGUGAAAGAAGAACAGACAUGGCCGUUGUUCUUUUGA